AUGCUUUAUUCCAACUCCUUUCUUUUAAGCAUGGCUACUUUCAUGGUGCUAUUUCUUUCAUGCACCACUCUCACCUCUUCUCUCGUUCAUGGAGCUGAAUACAAGUUUGCCCAAGUUUUCAAAGGUCCUUCCUGUAGUAGUGGAAUAACAGUGAUCAAGGAAUUCACUUCCGUCAUUGAUUGCCAUUCCUUGAACCAUGAAUGCAGUAACAAAACCCAUUCGUUACUGAGUACCAAUUCAUCUUGUAUCGAUCACGUUCCACUUUCACCACAAGUUGGUGAAUACAUGGAGAUUUGGCACUCAGAUUCGAAAUGUUCAAACAAAACUCAUCCAUCCUCAGUGAGAAUAUAUGCGUUGGAUACUUGUAUUCCAAGUGAUGAUGGCUCCUCUUACAUGUAUAAGGGUUGUAAAUCAAAGGUGACUUAUUCAGAUCUCAACUGUCAACAUGAAUUAGAAACUCGUCCUACUAGAAGAAUAGAAUGUUUGAUAGGAGAAACUUUUCUCUGUAAUAGUACUGUUCCCGAACAAUCUAUUCAACCCAUUCCUAGAAAUUCCUCUCAACCCAGCAGUUCUGGUAAUCCAACUCAUAUCAGUGGUGGGUCCACAGAGUUUAUAUUGAGAAAUUGUGUUGGAAUUGUGGUUGCAGUGUUGAUCAUGACGAACUUUUUGAAAAUCUAA